ACCACUAGCUCAGCGACACAGGCACGUAGUAGCAACACCCACUACAAAAUGAAGCUUCAGGUAGCCACGGUCGCCUCUUUCCUCCUGGUGGCCUUGGCCGCGACGGCCCAGGCAGUGACGUUCGACGCGUCGAACAAGGCGUCGGGCACCUCCGGCGGCCGGCUGUUCGAGCAGGCCGUCGGCCUCCCGUACUCCAAGAAGGUCCUCUCCGAGGCCUCCGCCUUCAUCUGGAAAACCUUCAACCAGCGCGCCGUCGGCGACCGCAAGCCUGUCAACGCCGUCACCCUCGUCGUCGAGGACAUCAGCGGCGUCGCCUUCACCAGCGCCAACGGCAUCCACCUCAGCGCCCAGUACGUCGCCAGCAUCUCCGGCGAUGUCAAGAAGGAGGUGACCGGCGUGCUGUACCACGAGGCGACGCACGUGUGGCAGUGGAACGGGCAGGGCAAGGCGAACGGCGGGCUCAUCGAGGGGAUCGCCGACUACGUGCGGCUCAAGGCCGGGUUCGCGCCGGGGCACUGGGUGAAGCCGGGGCAGGGAGACCGGUGGGAUCAGGGGUACGACGUCACGGCGAGGUUCCUCGACUACUGCGACUCACUGAAGCCCGGGUUCGUCGCGCAGCUCAACGCCAAGAUGAAGAGUGGGUACACCGACGACUUCUUCGCGCAGAUUCUCGGCAAGAACGUGCAGCAGCUGUGGCGGGACUACAAAUCCAAGUUUGGAGCCUGAAUACACGAUUAGCCUACUUGACGGUGUGAUGGCAUAGCACGCUAUAUAUAUCGAAAUGAUCAACAAAACAAGUGCUUUAUGCCCUGUAUAAUAAAUAAAAGAUAAAUAAAACGACUUUGGUAAUUCAAAA